ACGCGUGGCGGGUGGAAGGCUCCGCUGUGCCUAACCCUAAUCGGGGGAAUUGAUGGUGCUGUCGCCGCGCUCCCUCCGCCCGCCCGCUGUUUUACUCGCUGACUUUCAGCGGGCGAGAGGAGCCGCCCCGGGGGGGAGGCGGGCGGCGGGAGGGGGCCGGGGCGCCGCGGCGGUGGGGGUCGGGGGGGGGAGAGAAAGGGCCGAAAGGGGCUCCGCGGCCAAAAAAAACGUCAGCGAGGGGUCCGCUCGCCCCGAUCCGCCCUGGGGUCCCCGCUCGCGUGGCCGCGGUCGGCCGGCACCCGCCAUUGCCGCCGCGAAGAGUUCGCCUCUGUCAGCCUCGGCGGCGCGCGGGAGGUGCGGCGCGCGGCCCCGCGCCCCCAGCAGAGCAAACGGGAGCGGCGCCCCCGGGGUAACCCCCGCGCUCCCCUGCGCCGUGGGGCGCGCGGACGGCGUCGCUCCCACACGCGCGGCCCCGCGCGCACGACCGUUGGAGCCGUUGGAGACGUUGGGCCGCGCGCGGGGCGCCGUGAGGAGACCCACGGGGCCGCCCCGCUGAGGUGGGCGGGCGGUCGGUCGGGCCCGGUCCCCGCGCAGGUGCAGCCCGCUGGGCGUCAGGCGUGCGGCUGCGGGCCGAGGCCGCUCUUUUGUCCCCUCAGGAGGCGGGCCGCCCCGCAUCACCCCGCGGAGACGGGCGGGCGGUGUUGCGCCUCGGGGUGAGAAGCGCAGAGGUGAACACGAGGGAACACACGAGGGAGCACGCGAGCGCCCGAAGGGGAAUAUUUGGUGAAGGUGUGGACGAGCGGACGGUGAGGGAUCCGCUCGGGGCUGCUGGGGCCUUUUCUCGCUCCGUACGCUGAGCCGAGGCCCGGCCGUGUCCCAGAGCAGAGCAGAGCCGUCCUCUGCCUCAGCACCGCCGCCACACAGCGCGGCCCGCGUGCCGGCCGUGCAGGACAGAGCGCGCACAAAAGGCGGCCCUGGGGAUGGGCUGCGAGCAGCGCGAUGCCUCCGUGCCGCCACCCGCCCCGCUGCGCCCCGUGCAUGUGGCCGCUGCCAUCUGCUGGGCUCGGCUUUCUUUAUACCCCGUUUCGCACGAAGGAUCAGCGAACUUGGGUACUUAAUUAUGUAUUAAUUGGGCGAUGGAAACUCAUUGCCGGAACACGUGGCAAUGGCGAAGUCCAACACGCGUGGAGAUGUGCCGGGCCCGCCGGUGGAGUCCGAGCAGCACUUAAACCGGUGGGGCUGAAAGUGUAGCAGCAGCUGGGUGAUAAUCGGCAGUGCUCCUUCUGGUUGCAAAGUAACACACCCGCAGAAACGUUGUUUCUCAGCACCGGAUACUUUGUUUGAGGUUGCAGUCCGGCAGCACAAAGCCAGGACAGGCCAUGUGCCGCCCGCCAUGUUUCCAAUGAGACUCCUCGGGUCGGCAGACAAAGGACCUUUCCCUGAACGGAUCUCUUGCAGAUUUUACAGUGCUUCUCCCCUGUUGCUUCUGAAAGAGGUGAUGAGCUUCCCCUACCUCCCUAUGCAUGAAAAACAGGAGGUGUGCUCUGCGUGUUUGUGUACCGGAGAAUAAAUGUUUGGAAACUCAGAACUUGGUCUACUUUCAUUACUGUUUGUCUCUGGUAACGAGGAAAAUCUCAUGUAACAGUGUUGCUGUGAAGGCCGCCACAAAUGUAGCUGAAUCUGCCCCCUACUGCUUCUGAGCCAGGAACUGAGCCAGGAUUUGAACUCCACGGUCCUUAUGGGUCCCUUCAGCUCAAGGUAGUCUACAGUUCUAUGAAAGGAAAUGCAUCUGAUGGCUCUCCUAUGAGCAGAACUCAUCCAACAGCAAAAGCAGCUCCUGGAGAUGCAGAGCCGUGCCAGUGCCGUGCUUGGACCACAUGGCAUUCAGCAGAUGUUCUUCCCUGCAAAACGUGAUGAAUGCCUUUAUGAAAGCUUUCCUGAGCUUCCCUUGGAGGAUGUGCCAGAAGCUGAUGGAGAGGCUGCAAACGCCCAGUGCCCAGCAUCUGUCAGCAUCCAGGAGCCAUCCUCUCCAACCACCUCCAGCGAAGCUUUCACACCAAAGGAGAGCUCUCCUUACAAGGCUACGAUAUACAUUCCCGAUGACAUUCCCAUUCCUUCUGAAUUUGAGCUCCGAGAAUCCAACAUUCCUGGAGCGGGAUUAGGAAUAUGGACCAAAAGGAAGAUUGAAGUAGGAGAAAAGUUCGGCCCUUUUGUAGGAGAGCAACGGCCACACCUCAAAGAUCCCAGUUACGGUUGGGAGAUCUUGGAUGAGUUUUGCAAUGUGAAGUUCUGCAUAGACGCCAGCCAACCAGAUGUAGGAAACUGGCUCAAAUACAUCAAGUUUGCUGGAUGCUACGAUCAGCACAACCUUGUUGCAUGUCAGAUAAGUGAUCAGAUAUUCUACAGAGUAGUGGCGGACAUUGAGCCAGGAGAGGAGCUAUUACUGUUCAUGAAGAGUGAAGAUUAUUCACAUGAAACAAUGGCUCCGGACAUUCACGAGGAGCGCCAGUAUCGCUGCGAGGACUGCGACCAGCUCUUUGAGUCCAAGGCUGAGCUGGUGGACCACCAGAAGUUCCCCUGCAGCACACCACACUCCGCCUUCUCCAUGGUGGAGGAGGACUUCCAGAAAAAGCUUGAGAAUGAGAAUGACCUUCGGGAUGUGCAUGAAAUCCAGGAGUGUAAAGAGUGUGAUCAAGUCUUCCCAGACUUACAAAGCCUGGAGAAGCACAUGCUGUCCCACAGCGAGGAGCGGGAGUACAAGUGCGACCAGUGCCCCAAAGCUUUCAACUGGAAGUCCAACUUGAUACGGCACCAAAUGUCGCAUGACAGCGGCAAGCACUACGAGUGUGAGAACUGUGCCAAGCAGGUUUUCACGGACCCCAGCAACCUCCAGAGGCACAUUCGUUCCCAGCAUGUUGGGGCUCGUGCUCACGCUUGUCCAGAGUGUGGCAAAACCUUUGCCACAUCUUCAGGCCUCAAACAGCAUAAACACAUCCACAGCAGUGUCAAACCCUUUAUAUGUGAGGUCUGCCAUAAAUCCUAUACUCAGUUUUCAAACCUUUGUCGUCAUAAGCGCAUGCAUGCUGAUUGCAGAACCCAAAUCAAGUGCAAAGACUGUGGACAAAUGUUCAGCACUACGUCUUCCUUAAAUAAACACAGGAGAUUUUGUGAGGGCAAGAACCAUUUUGCAGCAGGAGGAUUUUUUGGCCAAGGCAUUUCACUUCCUGGAACCCCAGCUAUGGAUAAAACGUCCAUGGUUAAUAUGAAUCAUGCAAAUCCGGGCCUUGCUGACUAUUUUGGAGCCAAUAGGCAUCCUGCUGGUCUUACCUUUCCAACAGCUCCUGGAUUUUCUUUUAGCUUCCCCGGUCUGUUUCCUUCAGGCUUGUACCACAGGCCACCUUUGCUACCUACUAGCUCUCCUGUUAAAGGACUACCAAGCGCAGAUCAGACAAACAAAAGUCAAAGUCCCCUCAUGACCAACCCUCAGAUACUGCCAGCCACCCAGGAUAUUUUGAAGGCACUAAAUAAGCAACCAUCUGUAGGGGAAAAUAAGCCAGUGGAGCUUCAACCAGAGAGGUCCUCUGAAGAGAGGCCGCAUGAGAAACUCAGUGACCAGUCAGAGAGUAGUGACCUUGACGAUGUCAGUACCCCCAGUGGCAGUGACCUGGAAACCACCUCUGGCUCUGAUCUGGAAAGUGACAUUGAAAGUGAGAAAGAGAAAUUUAAAGAAAAUGGUAAAAUGUUCAAAGACAAAGUAAGCUCUCUGCAGAGUUUGGCUUCAAUAAAUAAUAAGAAAGAACACAGCAAUCAUUCCAUUUUCUCACCAUCUUUAGAGGAGCAGACUGCGGUGUCAGGAGCGGUGAAUGAUUCUAUAAAGGCUAUUGCUUCUAUUGCUGAAAAAUACUUUGGUUCAACAGGACUUGUGGGGCUGCAAGACAAAAAAGUUGGAGCCUUACCUUACCCUUCCAUGUUUCCCCUCCCAUUUUUUCCAGCAUUCUCUCAAUCAAUGUAUCCAUUUCCUGAUAGAGACUUGAGACCGUUACCCUUGAAAGUGGAGCCCCAAUCACCCAGUGAACUCAAGAAGAUCCCAAAGGGAAGCUCUGAGUCUCCCUUUGACCUCACCACUAAGCGUAAGGAGGAGAAGCCCGUUACUCCCAUACCCUCAAAGCCAGCAGCUCCGCCUGCGGCAAGCCAGGACCAGCCUCUAGAUCUGAGCAUGGGCAGUAGAAGUCGAGCCAGCAGCACAAAACAGGCCGAGCCCCGGAAAAACCACGUCUUUGGUGAGAAGAAAGGAGGUGACCUCGAGCAGAGGAAAACGUCGGAGGCCUCUUUGCAGCACGCCCGACCAACUCCCUUCUUUAUGGAUCCCAUUUACAGAGUAGAGAAAAGAAAGUUAACUGACCCACUUGAAGCUUUAAAAGAGAAAUACUUGAGACCUUCCCCGGGAUUCUUGUUUCAUCCACAAUUCCAAUUGCCUGAUCAAAGAAUUUGGAUGUCAGCUAUAGAGAACAUGGCCGAAAAGCUGGAGAGUUUCAGUGCCUUGAAGCCAGAGGCCAAUGAGAUGAUCCAGUCAAUGCCAUCCAUGUUCAACUUCCGAGCCCCACCAAGUGCUCUGCCUGAGACCCUCCUGCGCAAGGGCAAGGAGCGCUACACCUGCAGAUACUGUGGCAAGAUAUUCCCCAGAUCUGCAAACCUAACCCGUCACCUGAGGACGCACACUGGAGAGCAGCCCUACAGAUGCAAAUACUGUGACAGGUCCUUUAGCAUAUCUUCCAACCUGCAGAGACAUGUCCGUAAUAUCCACAAUAAAGAGAAGCCAUUCAAGUGUCACUUGUGUGACAGGUGUUUUGGUCAACAAACCAAUCUUGACAGACAUCUAAAAAAGCAUGAGAAUGGCAACAUGUCUGGUACUGCAACAUCUUCACCUCACUCAGAACUGGAAAGCACAGGGGCCAUCCUAGAUGACAAGGAAGAUUCUUACUUCACAGAAAUUAGGAAUUUUAUUGGAAACAGCAACCACAACAAUCAAUCCCCCCGAAACUCAGAGGAGAGAAUGAAUGGCAGCCACUUUAAGGAUGAAAAAGCCAUGGUAACCAGCCAGAACUCAGAUUUGUUGGAUGACGAAGAGGCAGAAGAUGAAGUAAUGAUGGACGAAGAAGACGAAGAGAGUGAAAUCGCAGGGAAAACAGUCAAAGAGCCUGUUACAAGUGACAUACAUGAGGGGACUCCUGAGGAGGAUUACGAGGAAACGAGUACUUUGGACAUGAACUGCAAAGCUUCCCCUGGCAGGUAUAAAGAGGAGGAAUAUAAUAAGACUGGACUUUCAGCUUUGGACCACAUAAGGCACUUCACAGAUAGCCUCAAAAUGAGGAAAAUGGAAGAAAAUCAAUAUAGUGAAGCUGAAUUGGCAGCUUUCAAUACUUCCCAGCUGCCAGAGGACCUAAAACAACCAUUGUACAGGAAAUCCAAAUCCCAGGCAUACGCCAUGAUGCUCUCUCUCUCUGACAAGGACUCCCUUCAUUCUGCAUCCCAUAAUUCUCCCAAUAUGUGGCACAGCAUGGCGAGAGCUGCUGCAGAAUCCAGCGCCAUCCAAUCCAUCAGUCACGUAUGACAUUGUGAAGUCUUACCAAGAAUGGGACCAAGUCCAAACCAGUAGCAUGGCUCUUUCAUAUUUGACUAUUUAAAAGACUGCUGAGCAGAAUGCCUUAUAAAUCUGCAGGGUCACUCAUUUAAAGUCUGGUGACCUUAAACUGAAUAAUUUUAAAAAGAAAGAAACUAUUUAUUCUCAAUAUUUUGUUUUGCACAGCAAAGGCAGCUGCUGACUUCUGGAGGAUCAAUGCGACUUAAAAUAAAGAGUUUCAGUGGAUUAUGUAAACCAGGGCCGGGAAAAAGUGUCUUCCAGUUCACCCGGCUUUGAGAGGCAGGGGCAAAAGGGUUAAGACUGCAUUGAUACACACAUGGGCACUCCUUUAAAGUAGUAACUGAAUUGAUUUUCUUUUUGUAUAAAAUAGUUUGACACAGGAUUGGGAACAGUUGCUUUUAUGUACAAAUCUUUUCAUUAAAGCUUUAUGCAUUUUAGCCCUUCAAAGAAAGAAAGAAAAUAGUUAUAUGAAAUGCACACUAUCCAUCAUAAAUGUAGAAAGAAGUAACAGGGAAUAUUUUGUUCUCUCCGUAAUUCUUUUGCCUUCUCAACUGCAUUGUUAAAAAAAAAAAGGAAAAAUGAGAAAAAAAAAAGAAAAAAAAAAAAGGAACUAUGAGAAACAAUACAUACGAGGCUUGUGUAUAUUGUAAACUAUGAGUGUUCACUACUCCAAGAGGCUAAAUCAUCCAGAUAAUUCCGUGAGAGCACCGCAUCCAUUGACAGCACCACUAGUUCCAAUCAUUGUAAUGAGGUUCUAAUUUUAGACAAUCAUGUCGCUCUUCUGUUGUGUUGCUUCCUUUCCCCCUUCCCUCUCAUUUCUUCUUUGUGUUGUGUGUACCAUGUAUUUAUUUGUUGGCAAACAAAUGUUUGUUGAUUAAAAUAGCACUGUUCCUGUAACAAACAGCACUGCUCCAGUCCCCCACUGCGCUAUGAUGUAGGCACCCAUGUACUUAAAAAGAAGUGAGGUGAACUGAUCUGUGUAUAUGGGAGUGCAAAACAGUGUUUGAAAUUUUCUUACAUUCCUCUUUUAUUUUAUUUUUUUCCUUUUAAUGAACUAAAUAACUAAUAGAUGCGACUUAGUUUUUUGUUUUGUAAUACAGUAAAUUGAUUCAAUUGUAUAAACAGUUAUAAUUUCUUCAUGAAAGCAUGAUUCUUCUGAUUAAAAACUGUACCCAAUAUUUUAUGCUGGUUGUCUGCGAGCUUGUGUGAUGUUAUGUUCAUGUUUAUCCUAUUUGUAAGAUGAAGUGUUCCAAAUUUAUGUUUAAAAAGAAAAUAAAUAAAGAACGGAAGGCAUUCGGUUAUUUUUGGGGUUUUUUUGGCCUUUAGUGAGGGACCAGAUUUCUUUUUCCUUUUGUUUAUAAUCUCAUUUUGAAAUAAUCGGCAAGUUGAGGUACUUUCUUUAAAUGCUUUGUACAAUGUAACUGUUACGCAUUUCAGUACAUUACUAUGGGAGGAUCAACUUAAAAAAAAAAAAUAAAGGACUACAAAACUGAA